GGAAGCCGGCAUGGAUAUAUACAACUAUAUCAAUUUGCACAACAAGCGACUUUCACGCGAGAGACUACAUUUUGAUUCAUGAUAUUUUAACCAGCUUGUGCAAGACAUGAAUCUUUAAGUAAAGAUUGUACAUUUGUGUAAGAAACAUGGCAUUAAUUUGUAGUGUUUCUCAGAUGUUCUGUAUUCUUUUGGCAUUGCCACUUGGGUCGGUCUUAACAAAGGACUUUAAAGCGUUAUGCACAACAUGCAGACAAAUAACCCAAAAUUUUGACAAGGGGUUGGAAAAAACCGUAAAGCAAAAUUUUGGUGGUGGAAACACAGCAUGGGAAGAAAGAAAACUCUCUAAAUACGAAUCAAGUGAGAUUCGGCUAAUGGAGAUACUGGAGGGCUUGUGUGACAGUAGCAGUUUUGAGUGCAACAGCAUGGUCGAAGAACACGAAGAACACUUCGAGACCUGGUGGUUUAAGAGGAAAGCAAAACACCCAGAUCUGUUUAAAUGGUUUUGUAUUGACACAAAUAAAAUGUGUUGCCCUAAAGGCUCCUUCGGCCCUGACUGCAACACUUGCAUUGGAGGAUUGGAACGACCAUGUCAUGGUAAUGGAAAAUGUGAUGGAGAUGGAACUAGGGAUGGAAAUGGGAGGUGCAGUUGUGAUAAGGGUUAUGAAGGAGAGUUUUGUUUGGACUGCAGUGAUGGAUUUUUUAGUGAACUGAGAAAUGAUACCUUCUCCCUGUGCAAAGAGUGUCAUGAGUCUUGUGUUGGCUGCUUUGGAGGUACCAGAAAUGAUUGUAAGGAUUGUAGCAAGGGAUGGGAGAAGGAUCAAGAAGGUGCAUGUAUUGACAUCAAUGAAUGUUCGAAAGAUCCACUGCCAUGUAAGGAUGAUCAAUACUGCCUGAACACAGACGGUUCUUUUUCAUGUAAAGCCUGUAAUACCAAGUGCUCUGGCUGUAUAGGACCUGGUGCUGAUAGCUGCCUCACAUGUGCUGUCGGCUAUAAGGAUGAGGGAGGCACCUGCACAGAUGUGAAUGAAUGCGAGCAAUCAGAGGCAGUAUGUAUUAAAGAACACCAGGAGUGUUUUAACACAGAUGGAAGCUUUACGUGCCAAUGCACAACUGGUUUUCAAGAGCAAGAUGGUGUGUGUGUGAAACAGCAAGAACAAGCAGAAGAAAAUCCGGACGUGCCUGCAAUUAAUUCUGAAGAUUCCCAAACUCCUGAUUCACCAGAAAAACGCGAGGAUCUCUGACACUGGUUUGGAUGCAAAAAACUAUCACCAGGGGGCAACGUUUAAGAGCACUAGUAUCUGCAGCUGUAGAUCAGACCUCUAAUAAAAUUUAGAAUAAUUGGGACUUACAGUUCAUGCUCCACAACCUGUACUCUGUGAUUUAGUAACUCAUAUGUUUGGGUUGGAUGUGUGUGUGUGUUUUCUUUUUAAUAAAGUCAAACUAAAAGAG